UAAAAUUGGUAAAUGUUGUCAAUGUUUCUUUUUCUUUUUGCGGUACUGUGUACAAUCCUAUAAUGUCUAUAUGUGUUAGUAAGUUAAAUGGCGAUUCGUGAAUAGAUACGUAUUUUCACUAAAUACCAUUUUAAAUAAGAUUUAAAGACGUUUAUACAAAAUAGUGCGGAUUGUUUAUACGUUGGAUUAUAAAAUAUGCGUUCAGUUGUGGAAAUUGGAGCUAGUGUCCCAGCUUUUUUGGGAAAAUUAUGGAAAUUGGUUAAUGAUUCAGAGACCAAUCAUUUGAUUUCAUGGAGUCCUGGUGGGAAAACAUUUGUGAUAAAAAAUCAAGCAGACUUCGCCCGAGAAUUAUUACCACUUUACUACAAACACAACAAUAUGGCAAGCUUUAUUCGACAAUUAAAUAUGUAUGGAUUUCACAAAAUAACAUCUGUGGAAAAUGGUGGGCUGCGAUAUGAAAAGGAUGAAAUUGAAUUUUCUCAUCCAUGCUUUAUGAGAGGUCAUGCUUAUCUUUUAGAGCACAUUAAAAGAAAGAUUGCCAACCCUAAAUCAAUAGUUGCAAGUAAUGAAAGUGGUGAGAAAAUUCUCUUAAAGCCAGAGUUAAUGAACAAAGUACUGGCAGAUGUGAAACAAAUGAAAGGUAAACAAGAGAGUCUCGAUGCAAAGUUCAGUGCAAUGAAACAGGAAAAUGAGGCAUUGUGGAGAGAGGUAGCAAUUCUGAGACAGAAACAUAUCAAACAACAGCAAAUUGUAAAUAAUCUAAUACAAUUCCUGAUGUCGCUUGUGCAACCUACAAGGGCUCCAAAUUCCAGCAGUAACAAUGUUGGUGUUAAGAGGCCAUAUCAAUUAAUGAUAAAUAGUGCGGCUCACAAUUAUGCAGCAGAUGGCUCAUACCCAAGUAGAUUAAAAACUAUGAAACUUGACAAAGAUGUUUUGGAUGAUCUAAAUGAAGACAUGGAGGAUGGUCCAACUAUUCAUGAACUGGCUCAUGAUGAUAUUGUACAAAAUGAUGCUUCACAAGACUCAUUGGAUCCUGCUGGAUUUGUGUCUGUAGACUUGGCCUCUAAUCCAAUUAUUUCCAAUACUCACAACAAUGCUGACCCCACAACAUCAACACAAUACCAUGUUACUAUGGAAGAUGGAGACGAUAAUGAAACAGAUCGUACAAGAUUAGCGUUUCCCAUAAUACAUACCAAUGGCUUCUUAAGGAUACCUGAUUCUUCACCAAUAGUUACAUCACCCUCCCCUACAAUGGCAUCUACAUCUCCAAUAGGUCAACCAGCUAUGGAGCAGGUGCUUAAUAAUGCGAUUGCAGCAUCUGCAAGUACAUCUAAAUCCAAGAUGAGGAGUACAAGUAACAAAAAUAUGUCUACAAACAAUAAAAGUCUCCUGUCAACCAGUAAUUUUAAUACAAUAAAUCCAUCGGCCGAUUUUAAGCUUCCAGCUGAGAUUUUUGCAAGUGAUGAUUCCGUUAGUGAUGCUGGAGUUGCUGUAGCAGAAGAUAUAAGUACAAUUCAAGAUUCCAUGCUUGCUGAUCAAAGUGUUUCCACAUCUAAAGAUAAAAUGCUUGGAGGGAUCAAUAUAAAGUUGGAAAAACCAUCUGAAUAUGUCAAGACUGGAAAGAAGUCUAAAAAGUCGAAGGACAAUACAAGUACAUGCAACUUAAAUUUGGCUGAUAUCAAGACUGAGCUCCAGGAUGAUUUUGAUUGGAAUAACAUGACAUUAGCAACUGUCAACAAUAACACAAAUAGGUUACAGACAAUGUAUAGAAGAGAUAACAGUCAAAAUAGAGAAGAAUAUUCUUCUCACUUUGGAUCGCACUCCAACAAGAAUGAUAUUGAUGAUCAUUUGGACACUAUGCAAACGGACUUGGAAUCAUUGCGAGAGCUGCUCAGGGGCGACACAUACUCCUUGGACACCAAUACAUUACUAGGGAUUGAUGAAAGCGUAGGACCUACAGGUUCUCACCGUACAAAACCAAAUCUUUUCGGAUCAGACGAUCCUUUCUAUGGGCUAUCUUACAAUACAUCGGACGACCGGACUAAAACUUGCAACAAUGAUACAACAAAACAGUAUCCGAUGAUUGAUUUUGAUUGGCUGAUCGGUAGCAGCGAUACAACACCAGCAAAGUAACCCGUACCUUCCGCAUCUUCAAAUACGGGAAGCUGACCGGUGCAUUCCAAUUUGAUGUUGGAUAAUUUUGGUAAUGGGUGAUUAUAGUUGGGGGGUUUACGGUCAACUAUAAAUGUAUAGGAUAUGUGAUGUCGUAAUAGAUCUGAAUUUAAAUUAAUCUUGAUUUUUAAUUCUCUGUGUCAUCUGUUACGUCAUCAAUACUAUAAUUUAGUAUUAAGAUAAUUUGCCUCGAUAAGGAAAAAUAUAUUAAGAAUAGGUUAUAUGUUGUUCUAAGCAUUGAUACCGGUAUCUGUUAUAUGAAAUGUAUUUGUUUUAUUGUUAAUUAAAGCAAAGAAGCUGAAAGGUGAUAUUUCGAAUGUAAGCAGUGACGACACUCGCGCGAUGAGCCCGUUCAAUGAGGACGAUGGUACUAUAAUAUUACAAUAUGUCGUAGUCGAAUUGGUCAUAGAUAUUAUAUGCACGGUUACAGUAGAUUCAGCUUCAUAUUAUAUAUUAUGUUUUUAUUACCGCUUGUAAAUGAUAUCUAAUGGAGUAAUAUUAUUUAGAUGGUGUCGUUUAAGCUGUAGAGUAAUUAUUUUAAGUUUAGUAGUUUCUAUUGUAAUUGAGUUGCCGCUAUCGUUUUAUAGAAGACGUCUGCUAACAGCCUUCUUUUGGUUUUGCAUACAAAUACAUUUGUUAAACAUUAUUAAAUAAGUUGUGUUAUUGAUGAUAAUAUACAUUGUACGUAAGCAAGAAAUUAAUAUAUAAACAGGACUAUGUAAAAUCAGAUAAAGUCACAAAUACAUCGUCAUGACUUGUUUUCGUUUGAGUUUUUGUUUUAUUCAUUACUAUCAAACAAAUUAUUUGAAAUGCAACAGCUAGUAAGUCGAUUCCUUAUAAUUAUUUUAUAACUUGACUAUUUACAGUUUGUCGGUUGAUCCGUUCUUACGUAGUCAAAUUAUUUUGUUUCAAUCAAGAACAACUGGUAAUAAAUUAACAUUUAGGAAAAUUACCAUUUUUUUUAUAUGUAUGAAAACAUUUUACUUGAUGUUCUCAGCACUAUAAAAACAAAUAAGUAUAUUAUUAUAUUUUUGUUUUGCAUGGAGUCACAUUGGUAUCUUAUUUGCUUGUAUUCAUUGUAGUAAUAGUAAAAUGUUGUCUAAUUAUUUAAAUAUUAAGAUAAGAAUAUAUAAUAUUAUUGGACUAACAAGGUGUCUCUGUAUUGACGCAUUUAUUUUCUUCGAUUUUUUUUUAAAUAUUUUGAAUAUUUAUUAGUACUUAAAAAUACAAUUUUAUGUAGAUAUAUAAUAUUAUUGGACUACGCAUAUUAAAUAAUGUGUAAUUUUUUGAAGUGGGCGGCUUUGUUGUCAAUUUAAUGUAAUGUUUUUUCUUGGGUAACUUUCAGCUGAGGGGAGUCAGCUAAUAUCGUAUACAGGAAAUAUUCCAGACUUUGAGGACAUUAAUAUGCCCGAUCUGGAAGGCGAGAAUUCUCAGGAGCCCUGUUUGUCUCCAAGCCCCAGUGAUUCGACGCUCAACACGCCUCAAGUGCAGGUUCGAUCUCCGCUCUUCACUCUGAGGCCAUGAGAGAAAUCUAAAGAAGAACUUGUAAUUUACGGUUUAAAUACAAUUUACGUUAUUCUCUCAAGAAACCUAUUAUCAUAAAGUAACUAUAAAAUUAUAUCGUUUAAAAAUAGGAUAAGUCCUGCUUCUUACUGUCUUAGUAUUGCCAUUUAUAUAAUGUACUUUGUUAAUUUAAUUAAGGCAAUACUAUAUUGCUUUAUUAACUUAACAGCCAAGGCACUAUAAAAUAACGAAGAUCAAGGAAGACAUGUUUGACUGAUUCACUUUUUUGAGAGAUGGCUAAAAAAUGAGGAUUUACGUUUGUAACGAGUCACGUAAUGUAUGGACUACAUUAUUUGUUAUUUGUAAAAAUAUCGAAAUGAACGCACUAAUAAAAUAUUAUGCUUUAUUAAAAUGUAUGACAUCCAUAAUAGUUUGAAAUUCAGCAAAAAAACAUAUAAUGCUAUUAAUAUCAUAAUAGAACGCGAAGUUCAGCAUUUACUUUAUUGCUUUCAUUUUAGACACUUAUAUUUAAACAAUAACUGUAUAAGAACAGUAGUGACAUAUUACAUUUCUUUUAUUAUAUAGUGUGUUUAAAUAUUUCUUUUGUUUCGAUUACAAAUAAAAGUAACAAAGCAUAUAAGUUUAAAUAUUUAAAUUAUAAAUAUUCGCCCCGCUUUGUGCCUUAACAGAUGAGUAUUUGAUAUUUUUGUAUGGUGUAUCUGACACCUCAUGACAGUUUGUAACGAGCACGCAUGUCAUAUUUAUAGUAUAUAACUAUACUAUAUAUCAGAACAAACUAUAUUUUAAAUAAGCUGAUAUUUGUAAGUUUUGUUACAAGUAAUUAGAUAAUUUUAACCUACCAUGUUAAUAAUGAACAUGAGAAUAAUUCUAUUAUUUCGUACAUCACAAAAAACUUUAUAAAUUUAAAAUAAAUAGCAUUUUAAAUGUUUUGUAAAACAUUAUUGUAUUUCUUAAGAACUACCGUUUUCAUCAUUAUGUAAGCUAAAGGAAGCAUUCAUGUAGGGAGGUGUAAGGAGGCAUCUGUAUCUUGAUAUUAUAUUGUUAUUACAUAAUGUACAUACCAUAUAGUGUUUAAAUGUAUUAUAAUUAUAUAAUAUUUUAGUUUAUAGUACUAUGUUAAUGAGUUUGUUGGUAUUGUAUACUGAUGCAACAAAUCAUAAAAAAAAUGUCUCACUUAUGAUUUGAGAUUGUAAAAUAUUUAAUAUUGCUUUGGCUUUGUAAAUUAUUAUGGUUUCCAAGACGCAGGUAUUUUUUUGAUCUGUCAAAAUUAUAAAAAAUAAGAAUAUUUUUCAAAAUAUAGUACCUAUAUUUUGAAAAAUAUCUGUAUUUGUUGUAAAUAUAUGUAUUCUACCUAAAAAAACAAUUAAUUCUAAAAAUAUAACAUCAAAAGCAAAGUAGAAGUCUGCUAUUUUAAAUUUUAUUCUCAAAAUUUAUGAUUCGGUACUUUUUUUACCAAUAAUAUUAAAAAAAAACACUGAAAACGGAUAAUGAUAAUGUUUUUUGCUUUACUAAUACUUAUCUUAUUGAGGUGUCUGAUGUUUUACUAACUUGCGUAAAUUUGUAAAUUAUUAACGGAACUGACAGCUUUAUUAUAUAUUUUAAAAGCUUGGUUUCAUAAUUCAAUAUAUAUGAUGUAUAUAUAUUUUUACUUGCAGUAUAAAUUAAAAAAAAAACUGGAUCGUUUUAAAUUUUAAUUGUUUUUUUUUUUCUAAAAAUGAAUAUAUUGUAUAUGAGUACGUAUAUAAGAACGUGUUUUAUAUAUGUUUGACUGUUGCCUGUACAAAAAGUGUUUUAAAAUUAAUAUAUUGUUGCACUUAUGAUUUUUGUUUUUCUUAACUCUAAAUAAUAUUAAAUGAGACAGAAAGUGAAAAACUAUUACUGCUAGAAUAUCUAUCAUUGUAUCAAAACAUUAACUGUGUUAAGUAUGAACAAAGAUUGCUAGGGCAAAAUAGACUAUAAUAUCUAUAGGUAAACUAUGAAUUUAUAAAUUAUUUUAAAUACAAUGUAAUAAAAUAUUUAAAAAAAAUGU